UCCUUAAAUACCUUGAAAGGAGCAUCUAAAGGCCUUCGAUGAUGAAGUCAAUGCCUUUUUGGACCAUAUGUUUGGACCUCGAGAUUCUCGAGUCAGAGGAUGGUUCAUGUUGGACUCUUACCUUCCUACCUUUUUUCUAACUGUUUCAUAUCUGCUCUCAAUAUGGCUGGGUAAUAAAUAUAUGAAGAACAGACCUGCUUUCUCUCUCAAGGGAACACUCACCUUGUAUAACCUCGGAAUCACGCUUCUCUCUGCAUAUAUGCUGGUAGAGCUCAUUCUGUCCAGCUGGGGAGGAGGCUACAACUUACAGUGUCAGAAUCUUGACAGUGCGGGAGACGCUGAUGUCCGGGUAGCCAAAGUGUUAUGGUGGUACUACUUCUCCAAAUUGGUGGAAUUCCUGGACACGAUUUUCUUCGUUUUGCGAAAAAAGACAAGUCAGAUUACUUUUCUUCAUGUCUACCAUCACGCCUCCAUGUUUAACAUCUGGUGGUGCGUUCUGAAUUGGAUUCCGUGUGGACAGAGUUUUUUUGGACCAACACUGAACAGUUUUAUCCACAUCCUUAUGUACUCCUACUAUGGACUGUCAGUGUUCCCGUCUAUGCACAAGCACCUCUGGUGGAAGAGAUACCUCACACAGGCUCAGCUGGUGCAGUUCCUGCUCACCAUCACACACACGCUGAGCGCUGUAGUGAAGCCCUGUGGCUUCCCCUUCGGCUGCCUCAUCUUCCAGUCGUCCUACAUGAUGACACUGGUCAUCCUGUUCUUAAACUUUUACUUUCAGACAUACCGAAAAAAGCCAAUGAAGAAAGAUACACAAGAGCCACCUGCAGAGAAAGAAGUCAGGAAUGGUCUUUCCAAAGCCCCCUUCACUGCAGCGAAUGGAGUGAUGAACAAGAAAGCACAAUAAAAAUAGAGUAAUGGGAAAAGCAAACACAUUGCACUAGCCUAGCAGAGUCACUUGUUUUAAAGCAAAGGCUGAAAUGAAAGUUGUAUGUUUUAGCGUUAACUAAUUUUUUUGGCGUUUAUAAAUCAUUUGUACCUAGAACGUAUUAAUAUAUUGCCAUUAGGUCACUCUGUUAACUGAAUGUUUUGGCCAGCACUGAGGGGAGGCUGAACUCUGCAGAUCCCAGAAGAGGUGCAGCUUCCCCUCCUGCCGUCUCACCCUCCCACACAGAGGCGCCAGCACCUGAACUGACUCUGUGAAGCCGUAAACGCAUGCGCAGCCAGGAACAUGGGGCACCACUUUUCAUAGGGGGUGUCCAGGUCCUCGGACUAAACUGUGUACAAGAAAUUGUUAAUAAGGUUGUAAAUACAGGGAAUGUUCUAGUCUACAUUAAGCAAUAAUUAUUGGUGCAUAAUAUUGCUUUUGUUUCUAAGCAAUAUUAGAAUGAAACCCAGAAAAAAAAGUUUUUUGGGCAGUGC